AUGGAUUUUAUUAUAUCUUUUAUCAAAAAUUUAUUUGGUUUUUUGACAAUUAAAAAAGUUAUGAUUUUAGGAGUGGAGAAUGUUGGUAAAACUACUUUAUUGUAUAAUAUUUACAAAUUUUAUUCAGAAAAUAUAACAACAACAACAUUAUCAUCAUUGCCAAUACCAAUACCAACAAAUGGAUUUAAUGUUGAAAGUAUUGUAAUUGAGCAAGUUAAAUUUGAUAUUUGGGAUAUUGGUGGUAAAGAAACUAAUAGGAUAUGUUAUAGACACUAUUUAACUAGUGAAAUUGAUUCAAUAAUAUUUGUAUUUGAUUCGAGUGAUAUUAAUUCAUUGGAAGAAUCAAAGAAAGAAUAUCAAUAUUUAAAAAAUCAAAUUAGUUUAAAAAAUGUUCCAUUUUUAUUAGUUGCAAAUAAACAGGAUUUAAAACAACAAACAAUUGAAAUAGAUGAAAUUUUAAAAACUUAUUUUGAUAAAUCUUCAAUUAAUGAAACCAUUUUAAUGUCUCAAAAUAAUAAUGAUGAUUUAAUAAAGUGUAUAAAUUGGAUUUUUUCAAAUUAA